AUGCAGCUGCACCAAUGCUCAGUCAAUGGACAGACCAAAACAGGUACUUCUCCACCUCCUUCAAGCAUCUACAUACUCGAGCUAACAGAGCUUGCCAGGCAUCCACAGACACAGUCCACGCUACUAAGUCUUCCUCUUGAGAUCCGCCUCAUAAUCUGGCAAUAUCUCCGACUGAAGCGCAUCAACUAUCGUCAUGGCGCUGGUCUAUUUGGGCAUUACCAGGAAGGCUUGGAAAACACGACUCAGUACAUCAUCCCCUGGAAAGCGCCAAUACACGACUUCUAUGGCCUUGCCUUUGCCUGCCGCCUCACCUACACCGAAAUCCAGCAAGUACAUAACCCGGCCACCAUACUCACCAGUCACUGGGACCUGAGCAAGCUCCUCUACGUCCUCCACGCCCGUCGACCCAUCGUCAUCGACACAUUCCGACUAGCAACCGAAGGCCGGGGAACAGUGGCACUGCCAAGCGAGAUCAACAUCCACGAAAUCCAACAGCAGAUGGCGCGCGCCCUCCUCGAGCUCAAACGCCAGUACGAAAGCGUCGAGUUCCAGAAAAUCAGUUGGAUCGAUCUUCGGACCGAGGGGGUGGGCACCGCCUCAGAGACAAGACAUUACAGCCUGCGCUUCGAGAUCCACGUGGGCAAGAAGCGCCAGCACACGCUAGGCGGCCGCAUCCAGCGAGGCAAGAAGUAUCCUGCCCAGGUGUGGGCACGCGAGAUCAGCGCGCUGGAGGACCACCUGAGUUUCGCCAAGCUGGAUGAGCUGCUCAAUAAGAUGGAGGAUACGCCGGAAGGGGGGAUGGUGAAUAUGGAUUAG